AGCUAAGAGGCUUCCUCCUCAGCAGACCUGUGCAGCUGAGUCCCAUUUCACACCACUGCGCCUGUUUACCUCAACCCCUCCACACAACAUAACGCUCGCACACUAGCAGCAGAGCAGGGAAAUCCCAUUGUACUCUGGAAGGAGACCCCACCUGACCAACAAAACUGAAAGCGUCUUGCAAAUUGGAGAACUAUUUUCAACUUUUUCCUCCAAAAUUUUUUUUAUAUUUUUUUUUAUAUUUUCAAUUUAUUUAUUUUUUAACGGACCCAUAAUUCUGAAUUUGAAAUGAAAAUACUGUGGGAAACUUCCGCCUCAAGGACUGAAGAUUUGGUCGCUCAGGAAUUUCUCCAGGAACAAUAGAUUUACGAUUCUGUUCACCACAGAACACAACUGUCUCUAAACAAAAAACGGGUUUGGCGACUCCAAGAAGUUUCUGUAGAGCACAUGUGCGUCUUGCUGCUGUAGGACCUUUUAUUUUCCAGGAGCUCCUUUUUAAGAAGAACAUUUUUUUUGUUUAUUUUUGGCUACCUCGGCAUAUCCUGCGUCACAGUAAUCCGAAAAAAUGGAGUACGGGAACCUGACGAACCCAUCAUACAGUCCGCCAGCCGCCUCCGAAGAUGCGGCCAUGAAAGUCUUCAGCAGCAUGGUCCAUUCAUACCUGGAUUUGGUUCAGAGAAACGCAUUCCCACCUGCGUUUCUGGAGCAGCUGAUUAAAACUUUUCAAUUUGGCGCUAUUGAUUACAAAGAGGUGCUGAUGUAUGAGGUGGGCUACCUUGUAGCAUUAGCCAUCGGGGUGUUAUUCAUUAUAGUGAUGACGCUGGUUGGCUUAUUCUUUGCCUGCUGUCGCUGCUGCGGAAAUUGUGGGGGAAAAAUGUAUCAGAAACAGACAAAGAACAUGAACUGCAAGAGGAGAUUCGAGUACUUAUUCCUUCUUAUCAUCACCCUAGUUAUUCUGGCUGGGGACAUUUGUGCUUUUUACAGCAAUAGCAAAAUAAACAAAGAUGUCAAAAACAGUUUCACAUCCUUCAAUAAUACGGCCAACAACCUGAAGACCUAUGUCAAUUCAGUGCCCAAGGACAUCGACAUUAUUAUUAAUUCAAGCAGUGUUCCCAUUAACUUGGCCAACAGCAGCAUUACUGGAAUCGGCCCAGUUCUUGGAGGGAUGAUUAAAAGAAGUAUUGAGCAACGGGCAAAUAUAACACUAAAUACUAUUCAAACAACGAUGGAUGAUUUAAAUUCCACCGCCAUAGCCUUGAGAGCUGUGAAUGAUUCCUUUAACACCCUGCUAGCCACCCAGCAGCAGCUCGUCCAGAACCUCACCACCAUUAGAAAUCAGAUUAACCAGACGCUGUCUUCAUGCAGCACGUGUAGUCCCGCUCCUUCAGUCAGUGACCUGACCAUGGAUGCCAACUUCAACAAUUUUCCAGACUUUACAAACCAGCUGAAAACCAUUGACGAUUUUUUGAACUCAGGAGUUGGAGACAGUAUCCAGAAGGCUCGUCAGACUCUUAAUGACAUUCCUCAGACUGUGUCCAACCAGACCAAGACUUCUGUACAACAGGUACAAAAUCAACUGAUGAAUAUAAAACAGAAAAUUCAGGAUGCCCGAAAUAGCUUCUCUGUCGUGGAUGAACUGGAUAAAGUGAAUUCUUAUUUAGAUAUGGGAACCGGCAAUGCAACCCUGUAUGAGCCGGACUUGGUGCGAUACGAAUAUUACAGGUGGAUAGUUGGGAUCUGUCUCUCCUGCAUCAUUCUGCUGAUAGUUGUGUGUAACCUGUUUGGUUUGCUGCUCGGGCCGUGUGGCCAUAAAGCUCAUGCGGAUCCCACUGAGCGCAACUGUGCUUCGAAUUCAGCAGGAGACUUCUUAAUGGCGGGAGCUGGGUUCAGCUUUAUUUUUGCGUGGCUUCUCAUGUUGGUGACUGGGGUGAUGUUUGCUGUCGGAGGAAAUUUCUACACGUCCUUAUGUAAACCAUGGAGCAACCAGCAGCUGUAUCAGCUUGUCGAUAAAAACAUCAAUAUAAGCCAGAAGCUGAAUCUAGGCCUCAGUAACCUGAACCUGACAACUGUGUAUGGAGACUGUGCAAAGGAUUAUUCCCUGUGGAAGACACUAAAUCUGAGCUCUAUGUACGAUCUGGAUAACUACCUCAAUAUCAGUCAGUACACAGGGGAAGUGAACUCUACAUUAGAAAACACUAAUAUCAAUAUAUCUUCUAUCACUUUCCUGAGCGCCGCUCAGAAAGACAAAGUCACCAAUGUAGCGACAUCUGGAAUAGACACGUUCGACUUCACCGACUUUAACCAGCAGGUGUCCAAGAACAUUACCAAAACAAGUCUCACAUCAUUUGCAAACCAAUUAGACAGCCUGGCUGCGAAGAGUAAUUCAUCAAAGCAAACUGAGCUCAGGGAUGAGGCCACCGCUCUACGGAACAUACAAAAUUCGAUCGACUCCCUCCUGGUCCCACAAAUUAAUAACCUCAGUACAAGUAUUGCUAAAGUAGAAGAAAAAGGGAAAGCUUUACCAGGAUCUUUAAAUGCAACCCUUGCGAGCAUUAAUCAAGCACAGAACUUUGUGAACACCCAAGUGGCUGGCAUUGUGAAGAGCGAGACCCUGCAAUAUCUAAACACCAUAGUGGGAUAUUUUGAGUCCUACAUCACUUGGACAAAGACAAUGCUGACUCAAAAUUUAGCUCGCUGUGGACCCAUCGCCAGCGCUCUGGAUUCCGCCCAGGUCAUUGCUUGUCAGUACCUUGUGGACACUUGGAAUGCAUUUUGGUUCAGCCUGGGCUGGUGCACAAUUUUCUUCAUCCCCAGCAUUAUCCUAGCAGUGAAACUGGCAAAACAUUAUAGGAGAAUGAAGACCUCCGAUGUCUACGAAAACCACAAUGAUCACUUGGAGAUGACAACCACCACAUCUCAGCAGUUCCUAAUCCCUCGAGUUACCAUGAAAUCGUGAGGCGCUCACAAACCCUCAGCGACUGAACAAGACAUUUGCACAGCACUAUCCAAAAUGGCGCCAGCCUCCGUGUUGUCCGCCGCCCUCCUGGAGACUUUUUUUUUUCCUUUUCAAGAAGAAGUGUCUAUUAAUGAAAUUGUAUUUAUUUUCCGAUUCUUUAACUUUGACUGUGAAGAAUGAAUACAGAGCAGCGUUGCCCAAGCCCCCAAUGAAUGUAGACUCUGCUGAUGGGGUCUCGGCAGCACCUUCGGACUCAUAUUUUUAUACCAAGAUGUAAAGUUUUUUCUUUUUUUUUUCUCUAUUUUGAUUUUAUAAGGUUUCUACUAUUUUUUUUCUUUAACAGAUUAACAUCAUGUUAAGUUAUUUGCAAAGGUGUUCUGGAUAAAGCGCAUUUUUGCAUUAAAAAAAAAAUUCUGUGUGAUUUGU